GUUUCUUCAUGUUAGCUAUGGCUAAGCUAAUUAUCCUAGCUAUCGAGCUAAUGUAGCUAUAUUUAUCCAACUGUUGUCUAUUGCAGGCUAACUUCCGAGUAACUUUUGCCAAAAAAGUGUUGACUAUCACUAUAUUAAAAAUUAUCAAUGUUCUAUGGAAACCCUUAUCGAGCAAAAAACCCUCAAAUAUUAGAGGUUUCAUUCGGUCCAGUGCCCCGUUAAUGUUGUAACCUUGGCUACUAUAACAGCUCGAGUGCAUCGUCACCCGGCACCGCUCGUCAGGAAUCGGCCUCACCCAUCCCUGCUACAUCCUAAUCAUCACGGUCUUCAUCCUCAUCUUCCGGCCGGGUCAGCCUCACUUCCCUGCUGAGGUCACAGGACCCCUCCCUCCUUCUGCUCCCCUUUCUGUCUCCUCUUCCUCCUCCUCCUCCUGGAGCGGAGCGAUAAAAGCUGGACUCGCACAGAUAUGCCAGUGCAGUCAAGAGCGACUGAUCCCAGAGAGGCUGACAGACUGAGUAGUAACCGCUGUACAAGUCUUUAUAUCAGAUUGAAGACCACUUUGUUUGAACACCACUUUGGAAAACAUGACCAGACUACUCGAACUGAUAACUCUACUUUCUAUUCUCUGCUGGUGCCUAGCGGACAAUGUGCAGCUGCUCCGCUCUAAGAGAGGCACUCGCUUUUACAGAGGUGAGCCUGUCAGGCAUCCAGCUAAGUCGGCACUUUUGAUUAUUCGUGUCCAGAAGUCUACGUCUUCCUUUGAAACCUCCUUGACAUGUGUGGAUAGUCAGAGAGUGGCAGUGCGUAGUUAUCGGGAGACUUGGCUACGAUGGAGGGGACAGCGUGUGGAGUAUUGUCGUUGUGCUUUAGGAGGACAAGAGCGUUGUCAUAUUGUGCCUGUCACCAAUUGCUACGUGUCCCAGUGUUAUAACGGAGGACUCUGUAAGGAGGCCGUACACACCUCUGAUUAUAUUUGUCAGUGUCCGGCAGGCUUCAGUGGGAAUCAGUGUGAGAUCAACAACAACGAGAAGUGCAUUGUGGGCCAGGGUGAAGGAUAUCGUGGGUCAUGGAGCAUCAGCCACACUGGAGCGGCAUGCAUUAACUGGAACGCCACAUCUCUGAGAGGGAGACGGUUCACAGCUAUGAAGGCAGACGCCAGCAUUCUGGGCCUGGGAAAUCACAACUUCUGCAGGAAUCCUGACGGUGACAACACUCCUUGGUGUUACGUCUAUAAAAACACUCAGAUCGUGUGGGAGUUCUGUUCUUUGCCCAAGUGCACAGAAGAUAAAUACCAAGAAUGUGUCCGAAGCUCUGGUCAAGCAUACAGAGGCACGAAGUCUGUCACCAAGAGUGGCUCUCAGUGUCUCCCAUGGGACUCUCCUAUUCUGAAGAGGAAGCUCUACAACGCCUGGAGGUCAGAUGCCCUCGAGCUGGGUCUGGGCAGUCACAAGUCCUGCAGGAAUCCAGAUGGUGAUGAAGGCCCCUGGUGCCACACCUUCAGGAACAUGCAGCUGACCUGGGAGCUGUGUGACAUACCUAAAUGCUCAAGGCGUAACUCUAUCAUGAGCACUCUUGGCCCACGUGCUCCAACCACCAACAACAACAACAACAUAGCCUCGUGUGGCCAGCGUUUGGAUAACUCCCUGAAUCGCCCUUCAUUCCGUAUUUUUGGGGGAAGACAGAGCGACAUCAAAGAUCAGCCGUGGCAGGCAGCCAUCAACGUUUUCCACGCCCGACGCAAGAUGCACUUCCACCGAUGUGGAGGAGUCCUCAUCGACUCCUGCUGGGUCCUCUCCGCUGCUCACUGCUUUGAGGCGAAAGAUAAAGCUGAAAAACUGGAAGUGAUUUUGGGAAGGACCUUCAGAAAAGAGAACUCCAGCAGUGAGCAGAUCUUCAAGGUGGAGAAAUAUUGGAUGCAUGAGAAAUUUGACAACGAAUCAUUCGACAAUGACAUUGCUCUAUUGAAGCUGAAGACGGACAUCGGCAUCUGUGCCAUAAAUUCUCCAGAGGUUUUUCCAGUCUGCCUCCCUAAGCCCGACCUGAAGCUGCCCAGCUGGACUCAGUGUGAGAUCUCAGGAUAUGGAAGAGAAAGAGAAUUUUCUGCAGAAUAUUCCGAGCGCGUGAAGAGAGGUUACGUGCGACUUUGGCCUAACGAGCGAUGUGUUCCUGGUGUGCUGUCAGGACGCCUGGUCACGUCCAACAUGCUGUGUGCAGGUGACACUCGAGGCCUCGACGACGCCUGCAAAGGAGACUCUGGUGGUCCUCUUGUCUGCCAACACAACAACAGUAUGACUCUGAUGGGUGUGAUCAGCUGGGGCGAUGGGUGCGGGCAGAGGGACAAACCCGGUGUGUACACCCGUGUCACCAACUACAUUAGCUGGAUCAAUGAGAAAAUGAAGGCCAGCCCAGUCUAGAGUGAGACCGACUGUAGAGUCGCGUUGUUGGACGACUGUUACCAUUUACAGAAUGGUUUAAACAGCAGAAAGAGAAACAAUUGUCUCUGUGCACAGGACACUCUCGACUAUGGUUUGUGUGACGGGGGUUUUCAACCGGCAUCUUCUGUUCAGAUCAGAGUUUGCCUUUGUUGUUUUGUGCAUCUUUUCUAUUUUUAAUUUUUUUAUACACGAUCCAAAGCACAGAUGUAAACUCUGGCCUGGCUGUGUCACUGUCAUACUGUCUUUCUUAGUCUUCAGUGUUUUUGUUACACUGCCACCUUCAGGAGACUGUGAGUUAACGAUAAGCAAUAAGAGCAUUUUUCCUCAGUCCCUGCUGACUGGAUCUGUGCCGCAGUAGAAAAAGUCAGAUCUGACAUUAGCAGCGUUGACUGUUAACACAAGCAUUCAUUUGCACAGUACAUAAUAGUCAUCAAAGAAUGUUGAUUUUUUUAUUACUUUCAUACAGAUCAUUCAUCAAUGAAUUGUUUUUUUUUUCUAUCAGAUGAUUUCUUUAUAAUCAGUCUCACUGCAUUUGUCUAAUGUGAGGUCAGUGUGAGGUUUCUAGCCAAGUGAAUCUGCUGGUUCAGAUUCUGUUCACCUUUGUUGUAUUGUCUGUGUGAUGCCGUUAGUGCCUGGGGGACAUAUGUGGACACAGUUUAACAUUUCAGAGGAGAAACUCACUCCUGCUUUACAGCAGGAAGGUCACUGGUUCGAUCCCAGGUGUUAACUGAUGGUGUUUUACCUCCCAAGUAUUCCACUUCUUCCCAGAGUCUGAAAACUACAUUAUUUAGAACAUUGUUUCCCAAAGACUGGGUCAUGAACCUCAGGUGGGUCGCAAGAGAUUUUUUCUCUCGCAUCAUGUUUUACCAAUAAUGUCUAUUGACUUGGGUCACGAAGGUUUGUGACUUUUAAAAUAUGGGUCCCCAGAAAAAAAGUUUUGGAAACACAGAUUUAGACGCUCUCUAUCUGGCCCUUAGUAAGACUUUGGGUGUCAGUGGUUGUUUGUCUCUACAUGUGGGCCGUGGGACUGGAGAGCCGUUUAGUGUGAACUCCACCUUGAACCCCUUAACUCUUAACUCAACCGGCUCUUCCUCUCCUCCAACAAAAAACCCAUUUGGUCCUGCUGACAGCACUUCUCCACCGGAGCACCUGAGAUGAGCCCACGACAAAUAAAUAAAUAAAUAUAUAUAUGUAUAUGUAUAUAUAUACAUAUAUAUGUCUGUAUAAAUAUAUAUAACAUACAUAGGGGUCUGUAAAUUGUCUGAUGUUGAUUUUAUAUUAAAACGAUAACGAACUGUUUUCUGUUCUCCAUGAAUUUGCUUACUGACUGCAAACCAAACAAAAACUUCUGUGAGGGAACCUUAAGAGAACCUGCGUUUUUUUACAUGUUUUGUGCAAAGUUAAUAUUUAUAUCUAUUUCAUAUUGUUGUUGUGUUUGUACACUGUUAACUGUAGGAUAGCUUAUUUAUUGUCAUGAUAACCACAUUUUAUUAACGUGAAAUAAAUAUCUUUUGGAAUAA